AGAUGAAGAUUUAAAAGAAAAUCUAGCUGACUAAUCAGAUACAGCAGAGAUGGAAAAAGAAAAAUGCAUAAAAUUUAUUGAAAGAUGAAAUUAAAGGAUUGUAAGAUGAAAUUCAAUAUUUUUAAUCUAAAACAUCGAAGCAUAAAAAAAUUAAAUAAUUGGCUGAAAAUUUCACUUAUUAAUUAUCAUAAUAGAAAUAAGAAAAUAUGUGAUU